CAUUGGAACUUAUCGUGGAUUUUUCUUUCAUUUGUGGUUUCACCUUAAAGUCAUAGAACUGUUAUAGAUAUGGAAGAAGUCGAUAGUGUAUUAGUUGACAACGUCAAAUCAUUUGCUUCAGGAGGAUUUGGUGGUAUAUGUGCUGUUUUAACAGGCCACCCCUUUGAUCUCGUCAAAGUCAGACUACAAACUGGCGUAUACGAUUCUACCUUGAAGGGUAUCAAGCUGACCUUGGUCAAAGAAGGAUUACCUGGUUUCUACAGAGGCGUGGUUCCUCCAUUGAUAGGAGUUACCCCAAUGUUUGCUGUUUCUUUCUGGGGUUAUGAUGUGGGAAAAAGACUCAUUUCUUCCGCCACGGGACUUUCUCCUGCUCAAUUCCAAAUCUCCCAUAUAUCUGCUGCCGGGUUUCUUUCGGCGAUUCCAACCACCUUGGUGGCAGCUCCAUUUGAAAGAGUUAAAGUGAUGAUGCAGAUUCUGAAGGAAAAGUCCUCAAUGGGAUCCGUGAUUGCAGAAAUGUACAGAACCGGUGGUAUCAGGUCUAUCUUCAAGGGUUCUGCCGCCACCUUGGCCAGAGAUGGUCCUGGUUCGGCCUUAUACUUUGCUACCUACGAGUACUUGAAGCAGGCAUUAACCAAACCAGGAGAAGAAGGCUUAUCGUUAUUGAACAUUUCAAUCGCCGGAGGAUGUGCUGGUGUGUCUAUGUGGUUGGGUGUUUUCCCCAUUGAUACGAUCAAGUCAACUCAACAAUCAUCAAACACAAACACUUCAAUUGUCCAGACCACCAAGAAUAUCUACGCGAAGGGAGGUAUCAAGGCAUUCUUCCCAGGAGUGGGGCCAGCUUUGGCCAGAUCCUUCCCGGCCAAUGCUGCUACCUUUGUGGGUGUUGAACUUGCCACCAACUUCUUGAAUUCGGUUCUUUGAUACAUAUUUAUGAAAUAUAUUCUUGUGCCAACGGCUUAUACCGAUAACUUCACAGCCAUGUGCGUGCGCAUACCC